AUGGUGACAACAGUGACAACUGUGACAACAAUGACAACAGUGAAAACGGUGACAACCGUGACAACAGUAACAACGGCGACAACGGUCAAAACAGUGACAACAGUGACAACUGUGACAACGGUGACAACAGUGACAACGGUGACAAGGGUGACAACAGUGACAAGAGUGAAAACGGUUACAACAGUGACAACACUGACAAUGGUGACAACGGUGACAACAUUUACAACUGUGACAACAGUGACAAGGCUGACAACGGUGACAAGAGUGACAACAGUGACAACUGUGACAACAAUGAAAACAGUGACAAGAGUGACAACGGUGACAACGGUGACAACAGUGACAACAGUGACAACGGUGACAACGGUGGCAAGAGUGACGACGAAGACAUCGGUGACAACGGUAAAAACAGUGACAACGGUGACAACAGUGAAAACAGUGACAACAGUGACAAUGGUGACAACGAUAACAACAGUGACAACGGUGACAACAGUGACAAGGAUGACAACAGUGACAAUGGUGACAACGGUGACAACAGUGAGAACAUUUACAACAGUGACAACUAUAACAACAAUAACAACAGUGACAACAACGACAACAGUAAGAACGGUGACAACAGUGACAAGAAUGACAUUAGAGAAAACGGUGAUAACAGUGACAACGGUGAAAACAGUGACAACACUGACAACGGUGACAACUAUGACAACAGUGACAACAAUGACACCGGUGAGAACAGUGACAACGGUUACAGCAGCGACAACGGUGACAACAGUAACAACGGUGAAAACAGUGACAACGGUGACAACUGUGACAACGGUGAUAACAAUGAUAACAGUGACAACGGUGACAACAGUGACAAUGGUGACAAAAAUGAUAAAAGUGAAAAUGGUGACAAUGGUGAGAACAGUGACAAUGGUCACAAAAGUGACAAAUGUGACAACUGUGAGAACAAUGACAACAGUCAGAACGGUGACAACAGGGAGAGCAGUGACAACAGUGACAAUUGUGACAACGGUGACAACAGUGAGAACGGUGAAAAAAGUGGAAACGGUGACCACAGUGACAACGGUGACAACAGAGUAACCUGUGACAACAAUGAGAACAGUGACAAUGAUGACAACGGUGACAACAGUGACAACAUUUACAACAGUGACAACUGUGACAACAAUGACGACAGUGACAAGGGUGACAACGGUGACAACAGUGUCAACUGUGAAAACAAUGAGAACAGUGACAACAGUGACAACGGUGACAACAGUGAUAAUAGUGACAACAGUGACAACGGUGAAAACGAUGGCAAGAGUGACAACGGUGACAUUGGUGACAACGGUGACAACAGUGACAACGGUGGCAACAGUGACAAGGGUGAGAACAGUGACAAUGGUGACAACGAUGACAACAGUUACAACAUUUACAACAGUGACAACUGUGACAACAAUGACAACAAUGACAACAGUGAUAACGGUAACAACAGUGACAACUGUGACAAGAAUGACAACAGAGACAACUGUGACAACAGUGAUAACAAUGACAAUGGUUAAAAUAGUGACAACUGUGACAACGGUGACAACUAUGACAACAAUGACACCGGUGACAACAGUGACAACGGUGACAAAAUUGAAAGCAGUGACAACGGUGACAACAGUAAAAACGGUGACAACAGUGACAACGGUGAGAAAGGUGAAAACUGUGACAACAGUGACAACGGUGACAACAAUGAUAACAGUGACAAUGGUGACAACGGUGACAACAGUGACAACUGUGACAACUGUGACAACAAUAACAACAGUGACAACGGUGACAACAUUGAAAACAGUGACAACAGGGAGAGCAGUGACAACAGUGACAACAGUGACAAUUGUGACAAUGGUGACAACAGUGACAACGGUAAAAAAGGUGGAAACGGUGACAACAGUGACAACAGUGAAUACGGUGACAACGAUGACAACAGUGAGAACGGUGACAAUAGUGACAACGUUGACAACGGUGACAACAAUGACAAUAUUGACAACAGUGAAAACAAUGACACAAGUGACAAAGGUGGCAAUAGUGUCAAAGGUGACAAUAAUCACAACAAUGAUGACAGUGACAAGGGUGAUAACGGUGACAAUGGUGACAACAGUUACAACGGGGACAACAGUAACAGCUGUGAAAACAAUGAGAACAGUGACAACAGUGACAACGGUGAAAACGGUGACAAUGGUGAUAAUAGUGAGAACAGUGCCAACGGUGAGAACGGUGGCAAGAGUGACAACGGUGACAUUGGUGACAACGGUGACAACAGUGACAAGAGUGAAAAUAAUGACAACGGUGACCACAGUGACAAUGGUGACAACAGUGACACCAGUGACAAGGGUGACAAUAGUGACAAUGGUGACAACAAUGACAACAGUGACAACAAUGACAACAGUGACAACAGUGACAACUGUGACAAGAAUGACAACAGAGACAACGGUGACAACGGUGAUAAAAGUGACAACGGUGAAAACAGUGACAACUGUGACAACGGUGACAACUGUGACAACAGUGACAAGAAUGACACCGGUGACAACAGUGACAACGGUGACAAAAGUGACAGCAGUGACAACGGUGACAACAGUAAAAACAGUGACAACAGUGACAACGGUGACAAAGGUGACAACUGUGACAACGGUGACAACAAUAAUAACAGUGACAACAGUGACAACAGUGAAAACGGUAAAAACAAUGAGAACAGUAACAACAGUGACAACAGUGACAACGGUGAUAAUAGUGACAACAGUGACAACGAUGGCAAGAGUGACAACGGUGACAUUGGUGACAACGGUGACAACAGUGACAACAGUGACAAUGGUGACAACAGUGACCACAGUGACAACGGCGACAAGAGUGACAACAGUGACAAGGGUGACAACAGUGACAACAGUGACAAGGGUGACAACAGUGACAAUGGUGACAACGGUGACAACAGUGACAACAUUUACAACAGUGACAACUGUGACAACAAUGACAACAGUGACAACAAUGACAACAGUGACAACGGUGACAACAGUGACAACUGUGACAAGAAUGACAACAGAGACAACCGUGACAACAGUGAUAACAAUGACAAUGGUUAAAACAGUGACAACUGUGACAACGGUGACAACUGUGAAAACAGUGGCAACAAUCACAACAGUGACAACAAUGACAACAGUGACAACGGUGACAACAGUGACAACUGUGACAAGAAUGACAGCGGAGACAACCGUGACAUCAGUGAUAACAAUGACAACGGUGACAACAGUGACAACGGUGACAAAAGUGACAACUGUGAUAACGGUGACAACAAUGAUAACAGUGACAACGGUGAAAACAGUGACAACGAUGACAACAGUGACAACGGUGACAACAAUGAUAACAGUGACAAUGGUGACAACGGUGACAACAGUGAGAACUGUGACAACGACAAUAGUUACAACAGUGACAACAUUGACAACAGUGACAAAAGGGAGAGCAGUGAUAACAGUUACAACAGUGACAAUUGUGACAAGGGUGACAACUGUGACAACAGUGACAACAAUGACACCGGUGACAAAAGUGACAAUAGUGACAACAGUGACAGCAGUAAAAACGGUGACAAUAGUAACAACAAUGACAACAGUGACAAUGGUGACAAAGGUUACAACAGUGACAACGGUGACAACAGUGAUAACAGUGACAACGGUGAGAAAAGUGACAACAGUGACAAUGGUGACAAAGGUCACAACAGUGACAAUGGUCACAACACUGACAAACGUGACAACUGUGAGAUCCAUGACAAAAGUCAGAACGGUGACAACAGGGAGAGCAGUGACAACAGUGACAACGGUGACAACAGUGACAACAGUAAAAACAGUGGAAACGGUGACAGCAGUGACAACGGUGACAACAGAGUAAACUGUGACAACAAUGACAACAGUGACAAUGAUGAGAACAUUUACAACAGUGACAACUGUGUCAACAAUGACGACAGUGACAAGGGUGACAACGGUGACAACAGUGACAACUGUGAAAACAAUGAGAACAGUGACAACAGUGAGAACGGUGACAACGGUGAUAAUAGUGACAACAGUGACAACGGUGACAUCGGUGGCAAGAGUGACAACAGUGACAUUGGUGACAACGGUGACAGUCGUGACAACGGUGACAACAGUGAAAAUGCUGACAACGGUGACCACAGUGACAACGGUGACAACAUUGACAAGGGUGAGAACAGUGACAAUGGUGACAACGGUGACAACAGUGACAACAUUUACAAGAGUGACAACUGUGACAAUAAUGACAAGAGUGAGAACAAUGACAACAGUUACAUCAGGGACAACAGUGACAACUGUGACAAGAAUGACAACAGAGACAACGGUGACAACGGUGAUAACAGUCACAACGGUGAAAACAGUGACAACUGUGACAACGGUGACAACUUUGACAACAGUGACAACAAUGACACCGGUGACAACAGUGACAACGGUGAGAAAAGUGACAGCAGUGACAACGGUGACAACAGUAAAGACGGUGACAACAGUGACAACGGUGAUAACUGUGACAACAGUGACAACAAUGAUAACAGCGACGACGGUGACAACAGUGACAACGGUGACAACAGUGACAGCGGUGACAACAAUGAUAACAGUGACAAUGGUGACAACGGUGACAACAGUGACAACUGUGACAACAAUGACAACAGUGACAACAUUGAGAACAGUGACAACUGUGACAAGAAUGACAACAGAGACAACGGUGACAACGGUGAUAAGAGUGACAACGGUGAAAACAGUCUGUGACAACGGUGAAAACUGUGACAACAGUGACAACAAUGACACCGGUGACAACGGUGGCAAGAGUGACAACGGUGACAUUGGUGACAACGGUGACAACAAUCACAGAAGUCACAACGGUGGCAACAGUGACAACGGUGACAAUGGAGACAACAGUGACAAGGGUGACAACGGUGACAACAGUGACAACUUUGAAAACAAUGAAAACACUGACAACAGUGACAACGGUGACAACGGUGAUAAUAGUGACAACAGUGACAACGGUGACAACGGUGACAACAGUGACAACGGUGACAAGAAUGACAACAGAGACAACGGUGACAACGGUGAUAACAGUGAAAACGGUGAAAACAGUGACAACUGUGACAGCGGUGACAACUGUGACAACAGUGACAACAAUGACACCGGUGACAACAGUGACAACGGUGACAAAAGUGACAGCAGUGACAACGGUGAAAACAGUAAAAACGGUGAAACCAGUGACAACGGUGACAAAGGUGACAACUGUGACAACGGUGACAAAAAUGAUAACAGUGAGAACGGUGAGAACAGUGACAACGGUGACAACAGUGACAAUUGUGACAAAAAUGAUAACAGUGACAAUGGUGACAACGGUGACAACAGUGACAACUGUGACAACAAUUACAACAGUGACAAUAUUGACAACAGUGACAACGGUGACAAGAGUGACAACAAUGACAAGAGUGACAACGGUUACAACAGUGACAACUGUAACAAGAAUGACAACAGAGACAACGGUGAGAACGGUGAUAACAGUGAAAACGGUGAAAACAGUGACAACGGUGACAACGGUGACAACUGUAACAACAGUGACAAGAAUAAGACCGGUGACAACGGUGGCAAGAGUGACAACGGUGACAUUGGUGACAACGCUGACAACAACGACACAAGUGACAACGGUGGCAACAGUGACAACGGUGACAAUGGUGACGACAGUGACAAGGGUGACAAUGGUGACAACGGUGACAACAGUGACAACUGUGAAAACAAUGAGAACAGUGACAACAGUGACAACUGUGACAACGGUGAUAAUAGUGACAACAGUGACAACGGUGACAACAGUGACAACUGUGACAAGAAUGACAACAGAGACAACGGUGACAACGGUGGUAACAGUGACAACGGUGAAAACAGUGACAACUGUGAUAACGUUGACAACUGUGAGAACAGUGACAACAAUGACACCGGUGACAACAGUGACAACGGUGAGAAGAGUG